AUGCCGGUCGGUGAGGUUACGAUCACUCUUGAGAACGUUGCCACACUGAGCGGUUUACCGAUCGACGGUGAGGCCGUCAUAUAG